CAUUGGCUGAUUCCCACAGUCAUUUUGUUGCUGUUUACCUCAUCAGUCCUUCAAAACACACUUGAAAUAUGGGGUGCAUAUGCAGUCAGUAACCCACAAGUGGGGUGCUUCAUGGCUCAAAAGCACGAGUCAACUCUUGACAAUGGUUCUUUCUGCAUCUAUCAGUGCAGUGAUAGCACAAGGAAUAGUGUUCUUUGCAACCUGGCACUGCUCAUUCACCACCAUGAAGCUGGCUCGUGCUGCUGGUCAAGAUGCCAAAAUGACAACAAUUCUCCUCCGUGAUGGAUCCAUACACUUUGGGGCUCUACUAUGUGUGAAUGCCUUGCAAGCUGCAAGCCCAUAUACAGAGCAACUUAGGGCAUUUCAAGCUUUUCCUGGCAGCCUUACAGCAGUGAUCUUGUCCCGCUUCCUCCUGAACCUUCGUAGUGCAGCAAAUCCUGUGGAGGGAACAAAUUCAGCAUCCAUGUCGGAGCUCAAUUUCUCAGGCCCACACUCUCUUGGUGGAUCUAUUGUUCUCCACAAGGAGCAUGAUGAUGAGGAAAUGGUAGAGGAAGAGUUCACAGAUGGAGAGGCUGCCAAGGACACCCCAGAUGGAGAUGGACAAGGAUAUACUUCUGUCAGGAUGUUUGAAGGUCCAUGAGAUUGUCAUUCCACAUAUCUAUUCUUGCACGCUAUGUUUUUCAUCACUGUACC